UCAUAACAAAUUAUCUCUUUUUUGAAAAAUAAAUAUAAUAUGUUGUAAAUUCUUCAUCUCUAUAUAAAUAUGAACAAUAUUGUAUCUGGUUUAGAACUGACGAGAGUGGACUACACAAUAAUAGGAAUAACAAAUCCAAACUGUUUGCAGCUGAUACCUGCACAACCCAAAGAACCCCAAAGGGUAGCUGUUGCUGAUGUCGAUGGAAUCUUGCAGGUAUUUUCGGUGAAGAAAGAGGACAUCCAGAUUUACUUUAAGACUCUACCAGGCCAACCAAUAGUGUCAGUUAAAGUUGCUGGAGCAACAGGAACUCCUACGGACAAAAUAUUUAUAGCUUCUGGAAAUGAAGUCAGAGGUUAUACUAAGAAAGGAAAACUUUUUCUCACCUUUGAUUCAGGACUAACGGAAUCCAUAAGUACCAUGUUUGUACUAGGAAACGACCUCUUUCUUUGUGGUAAACAUAUCUAUACCCACUUCAAAGACUGCAAAGAUAGCGGAUCUUACCUUUGCGGUGACAGAAUAGUUGAUGUUAUAGCUUUCCACAGCAAAAAUAGUCGAAGACUAACAUCUCUAAUAGCAUGUGAAGGAAGAAUGAUUAGAGUUUUGGAGCACGCUAGAGUGACUGUAAGCAUGGAGGUUGAAAGUUCUCCCACCAUUCUUCAUAUUUACCAAUACGAAGAGACUGAAGCAGUUCUUUUUGGUACCGCUGAUGGUCGAGUUGGCAUCUUAGACGUAGAAAAUUUGCAGGGUUUCCAACGUUGGCUUGUGACAAAUACCGAGAACAAUAGUUCUGUAUGUGCCUUAGACAGCUAUGAUCUAAACGGAAGUGAAGUAAAUCAGGUAGUUGUUGGUAGACAAGAUGGAUCUAUAGAGGUAUAUCAAGUGAAUAUCCAAGAACCGCUGGUGGAGUCUAAAUUGAUAUAUAAAUAUAACUGUAAUGAAAGUGUAAGUUCAUUACAAUGUGGCGUAGUAGCAGCUACCGGAUACGACGAAAUACUGGUCGUUACUUACACAGGCAGAGUCUUCGGACUUACUACUCAAACCAUAGAAACAAAUAUUGAUAAUUCCACAGCUGGAUAUAUCUCUUCUGCCGACACGUCUCAAAAAAUAUUUAAACUCAAGGCAGAUAUAGAAGAAUUGAAAGGAAAAAUUCAAAAAGAAAGAGAAAAAUACCAGCUAUCUUCAACACAUAUCUACUUUAAUGAAGUGUCGGCCAUUCCUUUACUGAUGGUAAAAGAUUCGUUUGUUUUAGACAAAAAAACUUCGACAUAUAAUUUAUCAAUUGAAGUGCCAACUGCUAUAGACAAUAUCCUUCUACAAUGCAACACAGAAAUAGAUUUGUUAGAUGUAGAAAAAAAUUCAGCUGUCGUCAGUUAUUGCAAUUCAGAAAUGCAGGACGACAACUUUCUGUUGGCCACAUAUCGAUGUCAGAUCAACACAAACCGCUUAGAUUUGAAAAUACGCACUGUAGAAGGUAAGAAAGGCAUGCUACAGGCUUACGUGACUCCGCUUGUCCAACCAAAAUGUAGCAGGGUGAUCAAAUAUGAGAUCAAAGCCUUAUCAUUGCACUACAGACUUCAUCAGUUCGAUACCAACAGACCGUUUAAUGCUCUCACGAUUAAAGGAUCUUUUAGUUUGGGAGAAAUACAUUCUUGGUUGAGCCAGUGCCUGCCAGAAGUCCCGGAGAAGCCACAAAUAGCUGAGAAGACUGUACUAUGGUUCAGAUCAAGUUUGUUGGACAGUGUAUUGGAAUGCUCUUACCAGAAAGGAGAAGUUGAAUUUAGAUCUGACAACGUCUCUACAAUUUCCACAUUGAAGGAAAACUUGACAUACGAAGCUACUAAGAAGAAAAUUAAGAUUGACAUCAGCACAUCUAUAAGUGACGAAACUAUCAAUUUCUUGAUCAAAUCAGCCGAAGAACAAUUACUGAAACAUCAAAAACUUGCACGCGACUUAGAAUUGCUCGACGCAAUAAAUGAGUUGGAAGUAACAGAAGAAGAGACUAUGAAAUGCUUAUCGGAGAAGUACAAAGAUCUAUUAAAGCGGGAGAAGGAAAUACGAGCUACUGCGCAGGAGGAUACAGGCUCUCUGGAAAGAUUGUACGGUAUGCUAAUUGGUCUGUACAAGGAUUACUACAAAUUUAAAGGUUUGAAUAUCAAGCAAAAAGCUGAACAAUUGAAAGCGUUGCUGAAGGAUUAUGAUUAUGAAAAAGUUAUAGAAUUUUUUAGGCCUGCUGAGAAGACCACGUGAAAUGUUUGAAAAAUAUUACAAAAAAUAAAAAAUACUUUU